AUGUCAUUCAUGACAAAAUGCCCAAAAUGUCCAACUUACGAAUCUAAGAAGACUACCAAUGUGUAUCGACACCUUCGGGAAGUGCAUAAUGCGAGUGAGGCUGAAGUUGAUCAAUUCCGAAUUCAGAGAAAAGAAGGUAAAUCCUUGACGACAAAAGGCAGUGGAGCGUGGAAGUGUCCCGUAUGCGAACUAGUUAUUCCAACAGAGAAAGGCUUGAAGAACCAUAUGAACCAGAAGCACAGGAAGAAGCCCAUCGAUCCUUCGACAAUCACUCUUGCUACAACGUCGCCCACAAUGGUCUCGCCUCCUCCCAAGAGAAUCCAGCUACCCAAAUCGACGGAAAAAUCGCUUGUUUCUUCAGUAGCUACAGUUCGAGCCCAACCAACUCAGAAACCAGGAGGAAGGUACAAAUGCCCUGUGGAAAACUGUACUUUCUUCAAGACAAGGAAGGAAUUAGCGCUUCAUUUCUCAGAAAAACAUGAUCCUGGAUCUGAGCUGGAAACUAUGAGCUUCGAAACGGAAACUGAGUUCAAAAUUUGGCUCACCUGUCGACAAGAAGAGACGUGUAGUAGCAUGCAGAUCUCUCUCAGCUCUCACGAUGGAAACCGCAUCACCCAUUUUCGCCUCUGCAGACACGAAGGAGGCCAACUCUCCCUAGGGGCAACAAAAAAGGGGGCAACAUUUGAACUCUCCCUGGGGGCAACAAAUUAG